AGUUUAUUUUCGGAAUUAUAUUAUAAUCCGAUUCUCUUAUGAAAAAUGGACGAAUAACUUGAAAGACGAUUUGCUAGGUACUUAUUUAUUGUAUUGAUAGCAAUAUUGAUUGCAGUGUUUCCAGUGGAAUUAUCAGCUACUACUGUAUUAUUCGACAAGUAUUCCAAGGUAUCCCCACCCAUUUUACCCUGAAAGAUGGCCCAGAAUUAUAUUGUUGGUAUUUAUGUGUUUUUAUCACUUCUUACUGUGGGAUUGUGCAUCAACUGUUUUCAAUGCAAUUCAGCUGAAGACCCAGCAUGUGCCAAUUUGACAGUUAAUGACACCACUAGUCGUUACUACAAACCUUGUGAUGGAAAUUACGAUGGAAAGACGCCGUUUUGUAGGAAAUACGUCACAUCUGUUAUCCGUUUAGAAGACAGCACAAGAAUUGACAGAAGCUGUGGAUGGAUACUGGAUAACCAUGAAAAAAUGGACACCUGCAAGAAAGGGGAUGGCGAUUUUCUCAAGAAGACAGUGUGUAUUUGCUCCAAAGAAGGGUGUAACACCUCAGCAAGAAGUGGAAGUUAUUUGUUUUUGACUAUAUUCAACUCGAUUUUUGUUGUGGUUUUAUAUAAUAUUAUUUGUUGAAUAUCGCGAUUUCCUAUACUUAUAUCAAUAUAAAGGGUCGUUUGAACACUUUGAAAUGUUGUCUUUAUUUAUAUUUAUGUUCAAGCCAGAUUAUACGAUCAUCGCCAUAUCGGGAAAUAAUCAAAAAGUAAACGUACUAUUGACAUCUAAUUGCAUGUAUAUACCUAUUUAACUUGUAAAAUUUCAUUAUUAAAUUCGGAUCAUUAAAAAUCUGAUGAUUGUUUGAUUAUUAAAAUAAUCUGAAUGACACUAAUUGUUUGUAAUCUCAUUAGGAUGAGGUGAUAAAUUCGGGGACUUCUCGGGUUUCCCGUAAAUAAUAAUAAUAAUAAUAAGAUGUUGACAUAAUAUAAAUUAAAUAAAGUAUACAUAUUGGUAUAGAAUAAACGAAGGAAACCUUAGGAAGUAUAACUUGUUGUAGGGUAUAUAUAAAAUAAAAAUUAUGGUUACUAAACAAAUUGAUUAAUUCAAGACAGAAGUAAUUUUUGAAUGAAAAUGUUCUGUUUUUCAUUCAAUCAUUGGGUAUAAGUACAAUUUAGUACUGUUUCAAAUUUCGUAUAAAUAGAUAUUGAAUACUAACCAGAGAAGCAAAUAAACUCC